ACCUGACUUUUGACUUGACGGAAGAGUGACAACUGAGAUUAUUAAUACAUUUAAUUUGAUUUAAUAUAACAGGUACUUGAAUACCUACAUACCUAUAUUCUCUUUGGGAGGGCCUUGUUCUGAUCAUAUUGUCUGUUUGAUUGUGCUUUUGAAGUGCAUUAUUUAUAUUAGCUCAAUGAAAUUAGCAGUUAAGUAAUUAUACAAUAUUUGCGGUUAUUGCAACCAAUGUUUUGUAGCGAAAUACGUUUGAGUGAGCUGUUAUCAAUCGUUAGGACUUUCGUUCGAAGGCCUAUGUCGAAAUCAAAGAAUAUUGCAUGUUCUUUCCAUGAAAACGAAAGUUUCAAGGGAGAAAAGUUAAUAUAUCCUGCAGCAUCAAGAAACAAAGAACCUAUAUUACAAGUUUUGAAAAGAUUCUUAAUAUGUGACUUGGAUCAUUUAGAUGAUGAAAGUCCAUUAUUUGUGGAAGUAGCAUCGGGGUCUGGACAGCAUGUUGCACAUUUUGCCCCUUAUUUCCCUGGUGUCAAGUUCCAGCCAACUGAAGUGGAUGAGGAUUUACUUGGCAGUAUUUCUUAUUAUGCUCAAAAUUGUCCAACAAAAAAUAUACUGCCGCCAGUACAACUUGAUAUCCGUACAAAACUCUCCCACUAUGGUUUCCAAGAGGACAGUAUUGACUACAUGUACAAUGCCAACAUGAUUCACAUAAGUCCUUAUGAAUGUACAAUUGGACUGUUUGAAAAUGCAGGAGCUUACUUAAAACCUGAUGCUCUAAUGAUCACUUAUGGGCCUUAUGGUAAAGAUGGAGUUAUAACACCAGCCAGUAAUGUGGAAUUUGAUGCUUCUCUCCGAGCAAGAGACCCAUCAUGGGGUGUCAGAGAUUUAAAGGAUCUGAUUAAAUUAGGAGAAGAAAAUAGUUUGACACUAGUGGAUACAGUAGAAAUGCCAGCUAACAAUAAAACAUUGGUGUGGAAAAAAGAUUAGAAUUCAGCAGUCAUAAUUUGAAAAAGGACAUAAACAUGUAUAGGAAAUGCUAAACUUUGAUAUAAAACGGUACACUUUUGUUUGCAUACUAGAAAAAUAUUACUCUAUAGAUUUAAACAAUAGAACCUGAUAGACACCUUGACAUGUAUUAGGUACUUAAUGGAAAAGAAAUAAAGAAAAUUAAUUUGUUUUUAUAUUAAAUU